AUGAAAUGGUUAGGCUCAGGAACCAUCCAAGGGAAGUUUGGUGGUGGUGGCACUGUAGCUACAAUGACAACGGAAACGGCAAAGAAGAAGAGAACUCCACAAAUCCUUAAGACAGAUGCAGCACUAAAACUUGCCGAGAAGUGGGUUGCCAAUAUGACGAGUACUACAGAGGAUGAUCCUAUUGAGGCUGAACAAGAAGCUCGACCACACAGGCUUGGACUUGGUGCUAAAGUGUCACGGAAUAUGAAGCGUAGACCCUCAGACGACCCUCUUGAUCAAAAACUGCAAGCCAAGUUUGAUGCAGGAAGAAGAAAGACUGCAAGAUCUGAAGCAGACUUUGGUGGCUCUAGUAAGAACGCCGGUGAUGACAGUGAGGAUGAUGAUGAAUCAGAAAGCAAAAGCCAAGCAUUCGGAAAGAAGAGAAAAAACACAAGUAUGCCUCGUUAG